UUUGACAAAACCGUCUUUACUUUUCAAUCGAAUAUCAAAUCGUCGUCUCUCUUAGGCUUAGCUCGUCGAUGUUGCCUCUGAUGAGGGAAGGAGGAAGGAUGACAGGAGGAUCCGAGAGGAAGACGAUACUGGUUGGUCUGAUUCUAGCCCUCGUUCUUGGCGUCGCUGUUUACUUAAGGCUGUGGACAAUCGAUUACACUCUAUCUUCUGACGACACAGAACGCUUAAGGAGACAGUUUGAUUUGGCUAAUAGGGAGGCAAUGGAUGAAUCCGCGGAAUGGCGGAGAAUGUUUGACAGUGAAGCUGAGAAAGCUUCUAAGUGUAACACAGAGCUGGCACUGAUUAAGGAGUCAUCUGGGAAUGGAAACGCAUUUACUCUCAAUCAAAAGUUAGAGUCGUUGCACAAGGAAAAUGCGGCGUUGCUCAAUCAGAUAGAGACAUUAAAACAAGAGCUGGAAGCUUCAAGGUUAAAGUGCCGUUCAAGAGAAGCACCCCGUUAGAUUGAAUUUUCCUAGUAGUAGUAGACAUCCAGCGUUUGAUAUUGCUCUCGCUCAUUCAGCUGCUGUGCCUUUGCUGGUAAGAAAAUCUUAAAUAUUUUCAUUCUCAUGUAUAACACUUGUUGUAGUAGACUAAUUCGUAGCCUUUUUCUUGGAACAAUCAAUCACUAGCAAUACAUGUAUUAAGAUAGUUUAUCCUAGAAUUCAGUUCACUGGAUUCAUGUGUUGUUUUUAUAGUAUUUCAUGUUCGUCAA